AUGAGCUCUCGAAAUGUUGUCCAAGUCGGGCCUGCCCACGCACAAGCCGAAAGUCGGCUGAUGCGGCUUCCUCGAGAGCUACGCACCAUCAUUUACACCUUUCUGUUCUCGUCGACCCGCUUCACAUCUGGAACGAGAUACAUUCCACGCGCAGCGAUUAUUCACUUCGUUCCGGCUCCUCAUGGUCUUGCACUUCUCCUCAGCUGCCGCCGAGCAUACAUCGAAGUCGGCAAGUCUUGGGUUAGCCAGGUUCAUUUUUGUUUUGAGGACGCAAAAGCUAUGCUCGAUAAACUUGCCGAUAUUUCCCUCGAUACUCGCUCAAUGAUUCGCCAUGUCCGGGUUUUGGGUGGCCCUAUAUUGAUUUGUUACAGGCGAGAGGCGGCGGUUUGGCAUACUUAUCAGCUCUUGAAGCUUCUUCCAGGACUGAAACUUGACAGAUUGACGGUGUGUGAUAUCGAUGAAGCCCAGACUUCUUAUGAUGCUGUCAGCCGUCUGGUAAAGUACAGUGACGGAUGGAAAGAGCUCCACUACAAAUCACAUGCUUCACGCUUCAUCGGUUUCGUACCAGCUCGGCUCAACGAGCUCAAUGAAAAUGCCGGAGAGCAACGCUUGUUCCGUGAGCCACAACCAGGUGGCUGGCAACAAAAGCUCGAGGAUCGCGAUGGCUCAAGCUCUGAAGCUUCCGUCACUAUUUACAGAUCUGACAUUCCGCGCCCAAACUAUUCUACACCAUACAGAAGUCGUGCGGGUAAGUGGAUCAAGUUUACGCAAGCUCUGGCGCCCGAUCAGGAUAUUGGAGAUUACCAAAAAGUAAAAGAUCCGCAGUUGAUGGACCGUUCCGAGAUGGACAAGGAGGUGUUGGUUGUGGUGAAACGGGGCAGAGGUGUUGAUUACGAGGAGAAACAAGGGUCGCCAUACCUCAACGCAGGCGACGGCGAUAUUCGAGAAAGAUUUCCUGGAAAGACAUGGGUCGAGAUCAAGGCGAGCAAAGACAUAUUCCGAUACCUAUCCGCUGGUGUUGUAUAUCCUGACAGAUAUCAAUGGAAGGAGAGGCAUCUGGAUUUUGUGGACCAUUAUACUCAUGUAGACGACUACGUGUGGUCUCACACCUCUGUGUUUCGGGGGGCCGAUUAA